AAAUUCGAGAAAAAUGGGUCCGGUAAUUUGGUGGUUCAUCUUUGUGUGUCUCGUCGUAUUAAUCACCGUCUUGUCACUCCAUCUCUGUUGCACCGUAUAUCAAGAUAAUUUUAGAAACAACAACAAAACAAAAUCUAUCACUUUGAAUAAGUACAAGUUUGCGAGAACCGAUGUGGAAGAUUUGACCAGAAUGGAGAAUUUUGAAAAUUACAAUCCAAAAAUUCAGUUUGUGAACGAGGUUGAAAGUCCUUCAGUAUCCAAACCCAACACUCCUAGAAUGAGUAGGCAAAGGAAAGGAUCCUUAUUACCGGAUAUACAUGAAAUAAGUGAUUACAGUGUUGAGGAUCUUAUCAGUGAAAGUCUGGCAAGGAGAAAUAGUGAGGUUUUGCCUAGAAGAUUCAGUUUGAUCACUGAAGGCAUGCGAAAAAAUAGCUCAGCAGCACUACCACGUAGAUUCAGUCUCAAAUCAGAAGCUGGCAAAAGCUGCGAUACCUUGGAAUGUUUGGACCCUAUCACAAUUGAAACCAAAAGAGAUAUUAAUAAUAUUGAAGAAGAGGCUCAAAAAAUUGAUAGCGAAAUUGACUAUUUCCUAGGGGCGUCGAGAAAUUUGAAAUUUUUUGAGAUCAAUGAGAAACUCAUAAGAUUGAGUUUGGCUUUGAGCGAUCUCGACUGUACUAGUGAGGAGUUGAGAACGUUGAAGAGGGCAGCACAAGGUUACAUCAAUGGGUGCAAGGAAAAAUUAAACAAUAAAGUAGUCUAAUUAGUUUUAUAAAUACAAUUAACGUGAGCUUUAUGUUAAAGCAAUCAAUAAAAAUGAUAAUAAAUUAUUUCUAGUAACCGGUUUAUGUAUAUUCAAGUAUUGAUUUUGUU